AUGCGUUCGCCCUUCUUACUGGCAGCCUGUGCGCUUGCUGAUAUUAGCACCACCUGGGCUCAAGAUGUCUCCGAAGCUCUUCUGGAGGUACCUUGGAAAACAAAUAAUGCAAAGGUCAAUCACCUCGUCAUUGCGCUGACUCCCGCGGAAAAGAUCUCAUUGGUCCAUCAUACUCUGUGGCCAGGAAGUCAAAACCUUGCUGGCUACAUCAAGCCAAUCCAGAGACUUGGAAUACCCGCACUUCAGAUGACUGACGGUGAAGCGGGAGUCAAUGGAGUCUUGAAUGCGACAGCUAUUCCUAGCCAGUUGAAUAUUGCAGCAACAUUCUCUCGAGAACUCGCUUAUAUUGCUGGUGCGGUUGCCGGUAGUGAGGCCCGACUGCUGAAUGCCUCUAUUCUCCUAGCUCCUCGCGUGAAUAUCCUUCGCGACCCUUUCGAAGGUUCCUUCUGGCAAGGUUAUUCCGAAGACCCCUAUCUCAAUGGACAGCUGGGUGCACAAGCAGUACGAGGAAUUCAAGAUCAAGGAACUAUGGCAAACUCGAAGCAAACAGGCCCUAGUAGUACUGGAGCCAGCGCCGGUGACACGAACUCGAAAGUUGAUCUCCAAGUUUUGCAUGAAGUGUACUGGGCCCCUCACCAGCCACUCAUCGAUGCGGGCGUAGCAACCAUGAUGUGCUCCUACGCCCAGAUCAAUGGAGUUCCCGCUUGCCAACAUGACGAGCUUCUCAACCUCACUAUUCGUGGGGAUUACAACUUCACGGGUGCCAUGAUGAGUGAUUGGACGGCAGCUCAUUCCACGGCUCCGUCUAUCAUGGCCGGGUUGGACUGGGAGAUGGGCUCCGAUGCCUACUAUUCUGAGCCCCUAUACGAUCAGAUCUAUGUUCAAAGAAACUUAUCCGAAUCUUAUCUCAACAGAGCAGUCCACCGCAUUCUAUCGAUGUAUGACCGCUUCGGGAUUCUAGAUGGCAACGGCGCUGAAGAGAACUCUACUGCAUUGCUCCUCGCCUCAAAGGAUCUGCCCCAAGAGACAGUCAAAACUGGACAGGACGCUUCAUAUGAUAUCGCAGUUCGAUCAGGUGUGCUCUUGAAGAACGAAGGUACUUUGCCUCUUGGGAAGCACCUGAGCGUUGCGGUACUUGGUGCAACGGGGCUGCAAUUAACCAAUGGUGCCGGCUUCGCCGAAAGGGCCUUUGGAUUUCAAAAUCGCAAGGUUGCACCUGUUGAUGCACUGAAGCAAGCAUUCAAAGACCUCAAAGUGUCUUCAGCAGUCGGCGUCGAUAUGCAUGGCACACUUGUGCCUAGGUCCGCCCUGAGAACCGUUGAUGGCAAGCAUGGGCUCAUUCGCAAUGACUCAAUGGAAAGAACCCACUUUGAUUCCACCCUCAAUUUCCAGGGUAAGAAUUCUCUUCCUGCAGAUGUCAGCUAUACCUGGACGGGUGAAUUGAUUGCGCCCAUGGAUGGCUACUACCGGCUUGCUCUGCAGCGCCGAUUUCCCAGCCCCGGGGGACCGAUUAAUAGUACCGAUUAUAGCGUCUUCUCUCACGAUUAUUUCAGCGUUGAUGAGAAAACAGUUGAUGGAUAUCGUAUUCUCGGCGAUGGGGGGACUCGUCCCUGGAGCUCGCCGCUCCCGACUACUGAUUUCUGGGACGAGGCAGGGACAGAUGUUUACCUCACAGCUGGUACACAUAAUCUGAGUGUCGCAGCGACAUCCAUGUUCGGUGAGCCUCUUGAGAUCAGGUUUCACUGGGUCACCCCAGAACAGCGCCAGAAAAACAUCAAGGACGCAGUGAAACGCGCUUCAGCAGUUGAUGUACCGAUUGUCUUCGCGCAUGCCGACAGCCCAGCCCAAGUUGGCAUGCAACUCAUUGAAGGCUUUGACGAGCUCAUUCAACGUGUCGCCGAAGCAAAUCCCAAGACGGUCGUCGUCCUGCACAAUGCAGACCCAGUGUUAAUGCCAUGGCUGGACAAAGUCUCUGCCGUUCUGUGGAUGGGCCACCCUGGCCAGGAAGGGGGAGCUGCUAUCGCAGACCUUCUUCUCGGAGAGCACAAUCCCCAAGGGAAGCUCCCUGUGACAUAUCCAGCUUCAGUAAACAGCAGCAUGACGCGCAACCCGGAUUAUCCCAACAGAGUUGACGGCCAAAAUGACACGGCCGUUUUUUCUGAAGGUAUCAAUACCUCUUACCGCUGGUAUCUGAGCACGAAUACAUCAGUUCUCUUCCCCUUCGGCUUUGGACUGUCUUAUACGACCUUCGACUACAGUGAUUUUAAUAUAAUUGAAACAACAGACUCGACCUUUGAUGUAUCUUUCACCCUGAAGAAUACCGGAUCAGCACCCGGAGGGGAGGUACCGCAACUGUAUAUUGGACCUCCUUCCGGUGCUGCGCAGAAGUACCCCGGAGUCCAAUUUGCGGUAUCGUCUCUUGCUGGGUUUGACUCCGUGGAGUUGUCUCGCGGUGCAGCCAGGAGGGUCACCUUUCCUAUUUCUAAAAGACAGUUGAGUUUCUGGAGGCAGGUAGACCGGUCGUGGGUUCUUGCUGAAGGCACGCGGGAGGUGUGGAUUGGGACGAAUGCGCAGUCUGUCAUGUUGAAAGGGACUAUUGAGAUAUAG